AUAUUCCAAACCAUUCCAAAAAUGUACGUGACUAGGCCUCUUUCCAUGUACAAAAGAAAUCCUUCAGCUCUUUCGUUACCUCCUCCUGAAGGUCCAAAUUCUGGUAUAUUGAUAAUUCAAGAUGAAGAAGCCGAACCCACCUGUUGUUUUGGCUUGUUCACGAGCGAUCAAGUUGAAGACCUGCCUUUCCCUCAGAACAAGAAUCUAAAAGUUCGCUAUACCACAAGUGGAGGUGCUGCAGGCAGCACACACACAGUUACUUAUACUAACCGUGUUAUCUUCGUUCCUGUUCUUAAUCAGCCACUGUCUUCCAACCAAUACCAUGUAAUUGAGCGUCGCGGGAGGCAUAAAGGUAUCGUUGCAGCAUGCUGUUUCGGCUGCUGUAUCCCCGAUAUGGAACCAGAGCCUUUCGAUCCAAAGGACGCACGCCAGCAAUUUGAGAUUCGCAAGAGAGGCUGGGGUGGUUAUGUAGCUAAAUCGGUAGCUCCAGAUGGCUUCCCUCCAGGAUUCUUAAGGAGAAAAGGUUGGAGAGUGGUAACCUCAACUGAAAGUGAUUUUGAGUUGAAUGAAGCGCGAGGUCUUGAUAGAAAUCUCCGUGACCGCCUUCCAGAUUUCCAUUUCCCAUUAUCACAACGAAGCUCUGCGUCGGUUGUUGUAGGAAAGUGGUACUGUCCUUUCAUGUUUAUCAAAGAAGGAAAACUGAAGGAUCAGUUUAUUGCUUCUAGGUAUUAUGAGAUGACACUGGAGCAGAGAUGGGAACAAAUUUUUGCGUAUGAAAAUAGUCUUAGUGAAGGCAACUCUGUAAUUGUGGAUGCUGUUGUUCAAAGAGAAGUGAUUGCUGUUGCUGGUAGAGAAGUGGCGCCUGACGAAAGGAAUGUGGUUGACGGGAUCAUGUGGUUUAGGAGUUCUAGCAAUGUUGGAGGAGAAGCAAGUGUGGGCUUGAGUUUGGAAAUUGUGGAAAGAAUGAAGUGGGAGCAAGAGAGAGCUGGAUGGCCCGGUGGUAAUGAGAGUUAUGUUACGGUGAAGAGAGUGGAGGAGUUCGGAGGGAUUGGUGGCUGGAAGAAACUUGGAUGUUACGUGUUGGUUGAGAGAUUUGUAUUGAGGAGAAUGGACGGAAGCUUGGUGCUAACUCAUGACUUCAAGCACACUCAUCAAAUUAGGAGCAAAUGGGAAUGAUAUGAGUACUGUUUAUUCUAUUAUUUCUUUUCAGUAUUUCCAAUUUUGCAUGUUACAGUCUGUACUAUUUCAGCGAGAAAGAUGUGUAGGUGAGUGAAAGAGGAAUCAUACUUGUUUAAUUCCAGUUAUCAUCUCUUUUAUUUGAUU